UCUCCCGCUCGAGUCAGUCUUGCGCCAGCCUCGGAGGUGGGAAGAGUGCGCUCCGUCUGUUCCCGCCUCGUCACUGAACUCGCUGUCUCGCUCUCCUGUUUCCGUCUUUCGUCUGACCUUGCUUUAGCUGUUCUGAAGUCGGGUCAAGGAGAUCAGCCCGGUUUAGUGGAUGAAUGUUUUUUUUUUUUUUUUAGUCUCUUUAAUAGCCAUCUCCAUUAACACUUAUGUAAGUUCUUGGUGACACGAGAAGCCAUAUUGUGAGCCGGAAAUAGAACAAUAUCCUGAAUACGUUGACAUUAUAUGACUUUGUGCAUUAAAACAGGUUGCAUAGUCGAGAGACAGAGACACGAGAGGGUCGUGUAAUACCUUGAUGAGACCCUCCUGUCGCCGUGGAUGAUUAUCAUGUGAAGGUCGAGCUUAAGGUCAAGCCAAGCGAGCGCAAUAAAGAGAAGAGAGAGAGGAAAACAAAGAUUAAGAACAAUAAAUGAAAUAAAGGAAAGAUACGGAGGAAAAUAGAGAAAAAGAACGACAUGAAAUAAAUGGAAGAAGACAGGAAAAUAAAGAUAAAGAACGCAAUAGAAUAAUACGUCAUUAAGUAAUACGCGACUCAGGAACACUAGCCUUCAGGAACCCGUCGACCAUGUUCUUCACUCGAGGAUUACCCGUCAUCCUCGUGCUCGUUCUGCUCGCCAGCCUCGCUUUCGAAGCCGAUGCCGGACGCCGCCGUCGCCUCAAGCGCCAGCAUCGCUCCCACGACCACGAGGACAACCUGACACCACGCCCCUGGCUCCGAGGGCAUCCGUGUAGGAGAGGCCGUGGACAGCCCGACGUGCCCGCCGCCAGCCACGCCCUUCAUGCCGGAGCUGUGCAGCGCCCCCGCCUGCCUGCACCACCAGCAGUGCCAGCAGGAGCACGGGAAGAAGGAGUGGGACCUCGCCUGCUGUUUUAACGGAUGCGUGCAUACGUGUCUGCCGCCGGUUGGGAGUCCACCUGUGAUCGACUGGCUGGAGGACACCGGGUCUCUCCUGCCCAUUCUUGAGGAGUCCGCCCCACCUGCCCUGCCCAUCCGAUAUGAGGACGAAGGCGGCGGCGCCAUGGGCCGAAGGAGGCGCAGAAACCGUCCAUCUCCCCGGCGGCUGCACCAUAUCCGACGCGCAGUAUAGCCAGCUGCAGGAUUUCAUGAAGACGCCGAGUAUUGAGAAUUGCAUGUGCAACAAGGGCGAGGUUGUCUGUGCUGUGAAGCUGUUCAAGACUUAGAACAGCACUGAGGCUUUCCUGCAGAGGCGAGAGUGUGCAAUAUCUCUUA